AUGAAAACACCAAGAUCAUUCCUGUUCAUUUUCCUCCUAUAUCAUGUGUGGUGCAGGAAAGCCAAACAGCAGUUCCAAACAGCAGCAGAGACAGAGCUGAUAGAAUGGGGGGAGGGGGACCAUGAGGAGGAGUUCUCCCCCAGCGGAGCCGGGGCCAAUCCCAGAGUUCUCAAGCCCCUGAGGUUGUUCGCUAGGGGUGUCCCUGGAGCCCCCGGGGCCGUCGGGACCCCCAGCCUUAAACGCAACCCCAUCAGGGACAUGACAUACCUAGAGAGCAUGGAGGACUUCUGGGAUUGGUUAUCCAACCGGACAGAUGUUCAGGCCAGCCAGGCCAGAACCAAGCGACGACCCAUCAUCAAGACAGGCAAGUUUAAGAAGAUGUUUGGCUGGGGAGACUUCCAUUCCAACAUUAAGACUGUCAAACUCAACCUGCUGAUCACCGGGAAGAUCGUGGACCACGGUAACGGAACGUUCAGCGUUUACUUCCGCCAUAACUCCACUGGCCUGGGGAACGUGUCGGUGAGUCUGGUGCCGCCGUCUAAAGUGGUGGAUUUUGAGAUAUCUCAGCAUUCCACACUGGAGACCAAAGACUCUAAAGCUUUCAACUGUCGUAUCGAGUAUGAGAAGACGGACCGCAACAAGAAGACGGCUCUGUGCAGCUUCGACUCCUCCAAGGUGUGUUACCAGGAACAGACACAGAGCCACGUCUCCUGGCUCUGCUCUAAGCCCUUUAAAGUCAUCUGCAUCUACAUCGCCUUCUACAGCGUGGACUACAAACUGGCGCAGAAAGUUUGCCCGGACUACAACUACCAUAGUGACACUCCCUACUCUUCCACUGGCUGAAGGUCUGCCGGACUACAACUACCAUAAGGACACUCCCUACUCCUCCACUGGCUGAAGGUCUGCCCGGACUACAACUACCAUAAUGACACUCCCUACUCCUCUACUGGCUGAAGGUCUGCGAGACUACAGUGACCAUAAUGACACUCCCUACUCUUCCACUGACUGAAGGUCUGCCCUGGUCUACAGCUACCAUAAUGACACUCCCUACUCAUCCACUGGCUGAAGGUCUGCCGGACU